AUGUCCGAAGACCAAAACAAAAAAGUGCUGUCUGCGCUUAUUUCCACGAUUAGGAAUGCCAGUAAAGUUGCAUCUCAGGAUAUAGCAUUUUAUAAGUCCUUAGACAAGACUCUUGAGCAAUCUUCAGAAGAGGUUUCUAACAGGCUACUUGGUUUGGUAAAUCGUCUUGUUGCGAGUGUGAGUCCAGGCGAAGUAGAGACCUUGACAGUUGCCCAAGAUAUCAACACACAUUGGAAGGAUCUAAGCAACGUAAUUGAUACUUUGUUCGAGAAAACUGAUAUUUCUUUAGAUGCCCUGAAAAAAUCAAAGAGUGGCAGCAGUGUUCAAAAGAAUGGCAUUGCAAUUGGCUCGAAUGCCAAAGAAGCGACCAAGAAGGUAGAUGGUGCCGCUUCGGAUAGUGUCAUUCAUCAUUCCAAAGAUUUGCCGAAACCUCAGCUGAAUUUUAAGAGACCGAUCAACAACUCCAAGAAUCUUCCUUUCAAGCCGUUAUUAACCUCGAAGCCACACUCUUUAGUUCCUUUUGACGAAUCUAUCAAGUUUGUCGAUGGUGAACUAGAAGAAGACUCCGAUAAUACCCAGCUAGCAUCUCAUUAUUCACAACCCUACGAGAAUGAAAUUGCUAACCAGCCAUAUCCAGAUAUGAUAGUACGUGAUCCUAUCCCUUCCAAGAGCUGGGAGGGUACAGAGGCUAUUUAUGUCGACACCGUUGAAACAUUGCAAGGCAUGUUGGAAGAAUUAAAAAAAUCUUCAGAAAUUGCUGUUGACCUUGAGCAUCACGACUACCGAUCGUAUUAUGGAAUCGUCUGUUUGAUGCAAAUAAGCAACCGCCAGACUGAUUGGAUUGUCGACACUCUUGUUCUACGUGAAGAGCUGCAAAUACUGAAUGAGGUGUUUACCGAUCCAAACAUUAUAAAAGUUCUUCAUGGUGCCUAUAUGGAUAUCAUGUGGCUGCAGAGAGAUUUUGGUCUGUACAUUGUCAGUCUAUUUGACACAUUUUGUGCUUCCAAGGCCCUUGGACUACCUAAACAUGGUCUUGCUUAUUUAUUAGAAACUCAUGCAAAUUUUUUGACUUCCAAAAAGUAUCAACUGGCUGACUGGAGGAUCAGACCUCUCCCGAGUCCAAUGUUAAGUUAUGCAAGGUCUGAUACUCAUUUUUUGCUCAACAUUUUUGAUCAACUGCGGAAUAGAUUGGUUGCCAAUGAUAUACUUCAUAUCGUCUUGAAGGAAUCGAGGGAGGUAGCUGGUCAAAGAUAUGAGUAUCCAGGAUACGGCCACAGUAUAGAAGACCAGUGUCAAUCCAUAUUGAUCAAAUACAGACUAUCUCGCAGCCAGCAAAUUGUUCUCAGAGAUUUGUAUGAAUGGCGAGACAAUGUUGCACGCCGAGCAGAUGAAAGUCAGAGGUUUAUAGUUCCAAACCACUUUUUGGUAGGAUUAAGCAUUUCACAACCCACAACCGUAGCUGGUAUUUUAAGUGUAUCCAGUGGUGUUACAAGUCAUGUCCGCGCCUCAGCUGUCGAACUGGCUAAGAUUAUUGAAAGCUCAAAGGCUCGAAUUGAAGAUGAUCUAGAGGAGGAAACACAAGUCUCUAAUGAUGAGCCCCACAUGGUUUCUGAUGUCAGCACUGUAGAGGAUUAUGAUCAAUACAUUGAGAAAUACGAGGCUGUUGUAGAGAGACAAAAAGGAUUGUUCAGUAGUAGCAGAAUUGGAUCUGCCCUUGAGAAACUGCGGGACACCCAAUCAAAAUUUUUUACUUGCAUAAUUAAUCCAGCAUCUCUUGAUCCCGUAACAUAUUCCAAGCGGUCUCAGAUGGUCAGGGAUAGGUUGGACUUGUAUGUGUCUGUACCACCUGAUAGCGAUAUGAGCGACAUUGAUAUUGAAGGAGAUCUUGACGAAGAAAUAGGGGUCAGCUCUGGGGUUGGUACAGAGGCAAAUGGUGAAACAGAGGUGAUGGAAACUCUUGAAACAGCAGUUUCUGAGGAUAAUGUUAAUGAGUCGAGUGAUAUCUUUGAGUCUUCAGAUUCUAAUAAGCGUAAAGAUCGUGAGGUUGAUAUUGAAGAAGGUGCGCUAAUAACUAUCAAGAAAAAGACAAAGCGAUCAAAGCGUCGAAAGCUCAAGGUCCUGGAUGAAAAAGAGGUCGAAGGUGAUGAAAACCUAGAUGGCACACGGUAUGAAGAAACAGAUCAAAGCGCCCAAAGCUUUGGAGACGUUCCCUUUAAUGCUUUUGAUUUCAAAUCUGCCCCAGCUGUGCUCAACAAACCUCAAAAGGCUGUUGACAAAAGAAAGCUUGCUAAAGACAAGCAACGUGGCCGCAAGGACACAUCAAGCGUAGCUUUCAAUCCUUACGGAGAUGUUUCUGAUGCAACACCGAAGGGGGCGCGCAGAAUCUCCAGGCCAAGUGGUGGCCAGACAUUCACCUUCAAAAAGAAGCGCUAG